ACUCAAAAAUCUUUAAAAUCAUUACCUUUCAUAUGCUAUUUCAUCUUCAGACAUUGUAUGUCACCUUCUAAACAUAUAUCCAAAAAGACAAUGGUGAACUUUGUGGAGUCACAAAAACCUUUGUUGUACAGACUCAUAAAAUUGGCUGGCGUUAUUCCCUACACAGUUGAAACUGAACCGGGAACGAAGAUGAACUUCUGGAUCCCCAAAGAAACCCUAAAAAGACCCAAAAAAUUUGACAAAAACGCUACCGUGGAACCCCAAAAACCUACGAAACCAGUCCUCUUGCUCAUCCAUGGCUUUGCAGCUGAAGGGAUUGUGACGUGGCAGUUCCAGGUUAGAUCAUUAGCCAAGAAGUACUCAGUCUAUAUACCGGACCUCCUCUUCUUUGGUGGGUCUUACUCCGACAACCCGGACAGGUCACCAGCGUUUCAAGCUCACUGUUUAGUCAAGUCUCUUCGUAUCCUCGGCGUGGAUAAGUUUUUUCUUGUAGGGUUUAGUUACGGUGGCAUGGUGGCUUUCAAGAUCGCCGAGAAGUAUCCUGAGAUGGUCCAUGCCAUGGUGGUGUCAGGUUCUAUACUUGCGAUGACAGAUACGAUCAGUGAGUCAAAUUUGAACCAGUUAGGUUUUAAGUCGUCGGCGGAUCUUUUGUUACCAACUUCGGUUAAAGGACUCAAGACUCUCUUCGCCCUUGCUGUCCAUAGAACCAUGUGGUUCCCGAACAAGCUCUUCAAGGAUUUCAUUGAGGUGAUGAUUACCAAUAGGAAGGAAAGAGCAGAAUUAUUAGAAGCUUUGGUCAUCAGCAACAAAGAUGUGACCAUCCCUCGUUUUCAACAGAAAAUACAUCUUAUGUGGGGCGAAAGUGAUCAAAUUUUUAAUAUUGGAUUUGCCAAGAAAAUGAAAGAGCAACUAGGCGAAAAUGCAACAAUGGAGAGUAUAAAGAAAGCAGGUCAUUUGGCACAUUUGGAGAGACCUUGUGUCUAUAACAGAUGUCUCAAAAAGUUUCUUGCUUCAGUUUACUCUGAAAACUAAAUUCGAUGGUAAUCGAAGUAUUACAUAAAUGAUGCUCACAUCACAUCAACACCAAAUGAAUUUAUUUAUCAUAUUUUCUUUGGUUUUAAUUCUUCUGUCAAAAAUAAUGUAACCACAUAUAUCUCAUAAAUAAUACAGUAUAUGGUUCAUUGAAAUAAUAUAGUUUUCUCGAA